AUGGUUCACGGUCCAUCACCCAUCGCCCACCGCCCACCGCCGAGCGCCCGUCAUCCGUCCUCUCCAUCGUCCGGCCCGCAUUUCGUCCCGGCUUCUGAUCUGAUCGACCGUCCUGUGUUUUUGCACUUUUGGCUGGAGGUCGCCCGUGACGAUGGGCAGGACGCUGCCUUGGAAACCCGUCGGCCACCCUUCCACGCCGAAACCACCAGCCAGUCUACAUCCGACAACAACCGCCUCACCACCGCCUGGGACCUCUCUCUCCCGCGCGACACCUGCCGCGCCUUCGGCUCGCCCAAUGCUUGUACGGCUCCGCCUCGUCGCCCUCAAGCCCUGCCCGACCGUCUGAAGCUCCCCUUCCUGAAAGUGACUGGUGGUCAGACUCCCGCAUCCCGCACCCCGCGUCCCAAAAUACCACGCCAUGGGCCUCUGGUGCCUGGAUGCCUGGACCCGCGGAACCUCCCUGCUGGCCCUCUCUCCCAUACCUCGUUUCCCAUGCCCCCUCGUCCCGUCUCCCAGCCAGAUUUCAUGCUCGAGGGCUUUGACAAUGAUGACCGCUGGCGCAUGGUCGAGGACGAGUUCUACUCGGUUGCUGCCCGCUUUACCGCCCACCUCCACGCCGCUCAGUACCGCCGUCUGAAGGACGAGGCCAAGAAGCAAAAUCCCACCAUCCACACUCUCGCGCGGCCCGUCACACGCCCCCCGACUCUUGAGGUGGUGCGACGCCAAGCUGCCUCUACCUUGGUCGCCUCCCAGCGACGAGCCAUUGCAACGGCCAAGUUGCAUUCCGAGGCCUUAGGCUCAGCCUCAGGCGCUGCCCCAGCCGCUGCCGCUGCCACUGCCGCACAACCCGACGAUGAGGAUACCGACCGAUUCCAAAUUCAACCCCCCAGAAAACGUACCCAUCUGGCCAGCCUGUUGGACAGUCCUCGGAAGAGGGCACAGCCCUUGACGAGCACCGCAACCUCCAACGGCAAGGCGCGUGCCGCUGCUAUAAGCACAAGCAGCCAACCAAGCAGCCUUGGCAUUCGCACUGGCACUCCAUCGCCAUCGGCCAAGGCCACGCAUCACAAAAUCUCGAUGUCAACCGCCAAGACCGCGCAUGCUCGUUAUGGGCCACGCGGUAUUCCUGAGCAGGCCGCCGUAGGAAGUGGCCUGCCUCCGGGACUGGCCCGUUCUCAGUCAGAUCAUGACAGCAACGUGGAUGAUCUCGAGCAGCACUCAGCGAGAUCUUACGGAACAUUGCAAGCGAACCACUUGACUGCAGCAGCCUCAAGGAGGACAGUAACAAAUAAAGACAUCUCGGCGCGGGACAGGGGCCCACAAAAGCCCAUGUCAACCGAUCACGCUUCACGAACCCCGACUCCGCAGUCUGCUGAGGUCAAUGAUGGCUCGGACAGUGGCUCAGAAACAUACUUUCAACGACGCUUGAGGGCACGCCGUAGCAAGUCCAAGCCCCAGCGCGGCCACAGACCCACGACUCCGGACGAACCGACUGGGAGGGAAGCAAGUCAGGCCAGGCCCAAGAGCCAGGUCACAUCGAACGCAGCACUUGCAGUCCCGUCAGUCUGA